CACAACGGGGGCUCGGGGGCUGUGCGGGUGCCACGGGGGGCCCCGGGGCUGUGGAGGGGGCCAUGUCGACGCUGGCCCCCCUGCGUCUGCUGCGCGAGCCCUCGAAUGCCAGCGAGGGCAACCAGAGCAACGCCACGGUCGGGGCCAGCGGUGGCUGGUGCCAGGGGCUGGACAUUCCCAACGAGCUGUUCCUGGCACUGGGGCUGGUGAGCCUGGUGGAGAACCUGCUGGUGGUGGCCGCCAUCCUGAAGAACAGGAACCUGCACUCGCCCACCUACUACUUCAUCUGCUGCCUGGCGGUGUCUGACAUGCUGGUGAGCAUCAGCAACCUGGCGGAGAUGCUCUUCAUGCUGCUGCUGGAGCACGGCGUGCUGGUGAUGCGCCCCAGCAUUGUGCGCCACAUGGACAGCGUCAUCGACAUGCUCAUCUGCAGCUCCGUCGUGUCUUCCCUCUCCUUCCUGGGGGUCAUCGCCAUUGACCGCUACAUCACCAUCUUCUAUGCCCUGCGCUACCACAGCAUCAUGACACUGCAGCGGGCCGUGGUCACCAUGGCCAGCGUCUGGCUGGCCAGCACUGUCUCCAGCACCGUCUUGAUCACCUACUACCGCAGCAACACCAUCCUCCUCUGCCUCAUCGGCUUCUUCCUCUUCAUGCUGGUCCUCAUGCUGGUGCUCUACAUCCACAUGUUCGCCCUGGCCCGCCACCACCUCCACAGCAUCUCCAGCCAGCAGAAGCCACCCACUGCCCACCGCGGUGGCAGCCUGAAGGGUGCCGUCACCCUCACCAUCCUCCUGGGCGUCUUCUUUAUCUGCUGGGGGCCCUUCUUCUUCCACCUCAUCCUCAUCGUCACUUGUCCCACCAACCCCUUCUGCACCUGCUUCUUCAGCUACUUCAACCUCUUCCUCAUCCUCAUCAUCUGUAACUCGGUGAUUGACCCCCUCAUCUACGCCUUCCGGAGCCAGGAGCUCCGGCGGACGCUGCGGGAGGUGGUGACGUGCUCCUGGGACCGGCUGGGCGGCGGGAGGCUGGACCCCACGCGGGGGACAAAGGGCCCAUCACCGUCGCCUUUGUUCUCGGGCCGCGCCCGCCGCCGCCCACCUCCUCACUGGCACCGGCACUGUUCCCGGUCCCGCGGGGGCCACCGGCGACCCUGGGACCCCCAGGGCGGCCCUCCCGUACCCCGUCCCUAUCCCUCCCCAUUCCGGGACGCGGCUGGGAGGGGUGUCCCUUGUGUGUCCCCCCCCGCCCCGCCGCCCCCGCCGCUCCGGGACGCUCCCGCCGACGCAGGGUGGUCCCGGGGUCCUCGCACGGAUCCCGGGGUGCCCCCGCUGGCGGUGGGUGCGGGGGGUGCCCCCCGGCCGUGCCCCCCGCGGGUGCCGUGGUCCCCGUUCCGCCGCGGCGGGGCGUGGCCGCGGGCGGGGCCGGGCGGGGCGUGGCGGGCGGUGCCGGUGCCGCAGGGCUGUUGCGGCGCUGCGGCGGCGGCCGCUGAUUGGCUGCGGGCGGCGGUGACGUCAGCGGCCGGCCCGGUGCGGCGGCGGGAGCCUAUAAAGGAUGCGGCGGCGGCCGCGCCGCCCCCCGCGCUCCCGGUGCCGCUCCGCUCCGGUGCCGCUCCGCUCCCGGCCCCAGCCCGCUCCCGUCCCGCUCCGCUCCGGCCCGGCCGCACCAUGAGGGAGAUCGUCCACAUCCAGGCGGGGCAAUGCGGCAACCAGAUCGGCGCCAAGUUCUGGGAGGUGAUCAGCGACGAACACGGCAUCGACCCCAGCGGCAACUACGUGGGGGACUCGGACCUGCAGCUUGAACGCAUCAGCGUCUACUACAAUGAGGCCUCUUCUCACAAGUACGUGCCUCGCGCCAUCCUGGUGGAUCUGGAGCCGGGGACGAUGGACAGCGUGCGCUCGGGUGCCUUUGGCCACCUCUUCCGCCCUGACAACUUCAUCUUUGGGCAGAGCGGUGCUGGGAACAACUGGGCAAAGGGGCACUACACAGAGGGGGCCGAGCUGGUGGACUCGGUGCUGGAUGUGGUGCGGAAGGAGUGUGAGAACUGCGACUGCCUGCAGGGCUUCCAGCUGACCCACUCGCUGGGCGGGGGCACCGGCUCGGGCAUGGGCACCCUGCUCAUCAGCAAGGUGCGGGAGGAGUACCCCGACCGCAUCAUGAACACCUUCAGCGUGGUGCCGUCCCCCAAGGUGUCGGACACGGUGGUGGAGCCCUACAACGCCACGCUCUCCAUCCACCAGCUGGUGGAGAACACGGAUGAGACGUACUGCAUCGACAACGAGGCGCUCUACGACAUCUGCUUCCGCACCCUCAAACUGGCCACCCCCACCUAUGGCGACCUCAACCACCUGGUGUCGGCCACCAUGAGCGGCGUCACCACCUCCCUGCGCUUCCCCGGCCAGCUCAACGCUGACCUCCGCAAGCUGGCCGUCAACAUGGUGCCCUUCCCGCGGCUGCACUUCUUCAUGCCCGGCUUUGCCCCGCUGACGGCGCGUGGCAGCCAGCAGUACCGCGCCCUCACCGUGCCCGAGCUCACCCAGCAGAUGUUUGAUGCCAAGAACAUGAUGGCAGCCUGCGACCCCCGCCAUGGCCGCUACCUCACCGUGGCCACUGUCUUCCGUGGCCGCAUGUCCAUGAAGGAGGUGGAUGAACAGAUGUUGGCCAUCCAGAGCAAGAACAGCUCCUACUUUGUGGAGUGGAUCCCCAACAAUGUCAAGGUGGCCGUGUGUGACAUCCCGCCGCGGGGGCUGAAGAUGUCCUCCACCUUCAUCGGGAACAGCACAGCCAUCCAGGAGCUCUUCAAGCGCAUCUCGGAGCAGUUCACAGCCAUGUUCCGCCGCAAAGCCUUCCUGCACUGGUACACGGGCGAGGGGAUGGACGAGAUGGAGUUCACUGAGGCCGAGAGCAACAUGAAUGACCUGGUGUCCGAGUACCAGCAGUACCAGGACGCCACAGCUGAGGAGGAGGGUGAAAUGUACGAGGACGACGAGGAGGAGUCGGAGGCGCAGGGCGCCAAGUGACGCCCGACGCCGCCCCCCAACAGUGCCCGCAGCCCCCCCGGCUUUGCGCUGCUGCACCCUCCAGGUGCUGCUCCCCCUGCCAUCCCCUCAGUGUCUCCUGGCCCCAUCCCCCCUGAGCCGGCUCGGCCCCUUGCCCCCCUUCCUACCUCCCACCUUUUCAUUUUUUACUGGUUUGUGUCUUAUUAUUUUUUUUGAAUACUUAAUAAAUUUAUUGCU